AUGACGACAGCCCAUAGACCCACGUUCGAUCCCGCACGCGGCAAAGAAGCCCAGCGCGGACCCGCCUACCAUCAGCGACUACUUCCGGCGCAUACCACACUUAAGCAUCGACAGCCAGGGCAAGGCGGAGAUGCUGACAACUACCAUCGCGAUCUUCGCGCCGAACUCUUGGAAGCCGAGGCGCGUCACAUUGCGAAGAAGAACGGCACAUAUGUGGAACCGGAAGCAGCAGCAGAGUCUGGAAACGCGCACAAGCGUCAGAUUGAGGCCGUUUCAGGGGCAGAGGAAGGCGAAGAAGAUGAAGCGGCACAGAAACGGCGGCGCAUAGAAAUGUUAGAGAAGUUUAGAGAAGUGGAUGCAGACGACAGCAGCAGUGGGAGUGAUAGUGAGAACAGCGAUGAUAGUGACGAAGACGAAGAAGAUGAAUCCGCCGCCCUCCAGCGCGAACUCGAUAGGAUCAAAAUGGAGCGCGCAGCAGCCAAAGCCAAGGAGGAAGCCGAGCGCACCGCCGAAGAGCAGGAACAACGCGAAAUCGACGUCGCGCGAGGUAACCCUCUACUCAACGCCAAGGAUUUUACCAUGAAGCGACGAUGGGACGAUGACGUGGUGUUUAAGAACCAAGCACGAGGCACAGAGGACCGCAACAAGAAAAAGGAGUUCAUCAACGACAUGCUCCGGUCCGACUUUCACAAGAAGUUCAUGUCCAAAUACAUCCGAUGA